GCUAACCGGAGCCACAGCCCCUGUUGGCCCCUGCUGCCAGAUGGCUGAGGGGUGGGGUGGGUGUGGCCGACCUGCAGGGUCCCGGCAUGGGUCAGAGGCGGGUGCUCCCUGCAGCCAGGUCCCGGGAGAGGCUGAAGGGCUUCUUGGUCCUCCACCCCGCCCUGGAGUCGCCACGCAGGCUUCCUGUCCUGAGCUGGCUCCGCUGGACUCCGAGGUGGACCAUGAGUUCCCACCUUCCUCUCUGCCCAGUAGCAGGCCGGCCCGGGUCGGCAGGAGGGGCUCCUGAGAGAGUGAGGGUCUGGGUCUAGGCCUGGGCUGGCUCACGAUGCCACCCUGCUCCAAACGGCAUGAUCUCCCCGUCUGUCCCCUGGGCAGGGGUCCGGCCUCGGUGUCCGUGAGUUCCUCUGGAGGCCGCCGGACCAUGAACAUCAGCCUUUGCUCCGCCGUCUGGCUGCCUCCGGCCCAGCACAUCCACAACGCCUACCUGGGCCUGCUGCUGGUGCUGGGCCUGCUGCUGAACGCCGGGGCGCUCUGGGUGCUCUGCUGCCGCCUGCGCCGCUGGACGGAGACCCGCGUCUACAUGGUCAACCUGGCCGCGGCCGACCUCUGCCUGCUCUGCGCCGUACCCUUCAUGGUCUACUCGCUGACGCACAGCUCGCCCGCGGGGGACACGGUGCUGUGCCAGGUCUCCCAGAGCGUCUACCUGGUCAACAGGUACAUGAGCAUCGGCCUGAUCACGGCCAUCGCCGUGGACCGCUACCUGGCCCUGCGGCACCCCCUGUACGCCCGCGGGCUGCGCUCCCCCCGUCAGGCUGGGGCCGUGUGCGCGGCCCUCUGGGUGCUGGUGGCCGGCUCCCUGGGGCUCCGCUGGGCCCUGAAGGACCAGGAGGGCGGCUUCUGCUUCGGGAACCCCGGCCGGCGGCACCCCCGGACUGUGGUCUUCUCCCUGCUGGGCUUCUACCUGCCUCUGGCCGUGCUGCUGCCCUGCUCCCUGCAGGUGGUGGCCGCCCUGGGCCGGAGUCCGGCUGCCGAGGCGGGCCAGGCGGAGGCCACCCGCAAGGCGGCCCGCAUGGUCUGGGCCAACCUGGCCGUGUUCGUGGUCUGCUUCCUGCCCUUGCACGUGGUGCUGACGUGGCGCCUGGCCACUGGCCUGCGCACCUGCGCCACCGUCUACGCCCUCCACAUCACCAGCAGGGUCUCGGAUGCCAACUGCUGCCUGGACGCUGUCUGCUACUACUACAUGGCCAAGGAGUUCCAGGAGGCGUCCGCCCUGGCCAGGAGCCCCGGAGUCAAGGCCCAGAAGAGCCAGGGCUCUCUGUGUGUGACGGUGGCCUAGGGGAGGGGCGUGGGGUUGGGGAGGCAGAGGGCCAGGUGAUGCCACCUGAUGGAGGGCAGGGGAACCGGUGGGGAGGAGCCCUGGAGUCACUGUGGCUGUGGGCCCGGUCCUGCGGCAGGGUCUCAGGCCCGGAGCCUGGGACGGUGGCUGCCCUGCCCCUGGUGUGGAGGACAUACGGGGCCGAGGGCAGGGGGACUGAGGCCUGAGCGGGCCUCCCAGCCAGGAACCCGUGACAGGACUGAACCCCUGCUGAGUCCAGGGCCUGGUGCUGCCGUCCACUGGGGGCCGGAAUAAAGCCGUCCACCAGGGCUGGCCGGGACUGAGCUGUUUGCACCGCCCAGCCUGCAGGGCGGGAGGGGUGGGGGUGGGGGUGUCUCUCCAGAGGAUUCUCCAUUGCCCUUCAGCCUGCUUCCCACCUGCCCAGCUUCCGGGCCCAUGAAGCCCAGCGGCUGCCUGGUUUCCUCCUGCUGGUGUGGGCUGGUCCCCUGCACAGAUGCGGUGGAUGGGGAAGGGGGGCCGGCAGGAGGCGGCGCACUCCCACACUUCGUCCAGGAAGCGGGGGGCUGGGUGUCAGCCCGGCAGGCUUGUGUGGCGGCCGCACCUCCCUGGCCUCCCUGGUGUGGCCGGGCGCUGUGGUCCGGCCGUAGCGGGUCAAGGGGUCCCACAGGUGAGGGUAAGCGUCGGUGCUGGGUGACAGACGACAACACGCCUCAAAGGACAGUGAAGCUCUCUUCUGUUUAUUGCAAGUACAAGCGGGUUUUUAUAUUUUCAUUUUAGGUAGCGAUUAACAUUUGCAGGUGUAUAGCAUGAUCAGUUAAGCAGAAAAAAUCAAUACAAAGGUAACCAGGAAAAGUACAAGAAUUUCCAUAGUUUCAAUUAUACAAAAAUUGUUUUGACUGGGAGAACCAUUAAUCAGACAAUUUGAAAUAACUCUAUAGACAGAGUUUGAAUAUCUUAUUGUUUAUUAAAGGUCUAAAAUUUGGCAUGGGGCAAAAGGUAUGCUAGACCGAGCAGAGGUUAGGAAAUUUAUUAUAAGGCCUCUGUGAUGUCUAACUUAGCUAUUUAUCUUUCUGUCUAAAAUGUUUCUCUAUGUACUAUGGACUCUAACUCCUUGGUAACUGUAUCUACGUGCUUAGUUUAUAGUAUCUAACAAGCUUCUCCUGUUUCUUUGCCUACUAAAUUCUAAUUAACAUAUAUUCCUGUUCAAGGUAAAGGAGGGGCUGUUAUUCCAACAACUUUUAGAUAUUCAGGGGCUAUUUCAUUAGAGGGGAUUAACUUGGGGGGCACUCUGGGUAACUCUGGCUCCCUGCUGCGUAGUAUUAACUUGUCCUGCAUCUGCUUAACUGGGUCAGGGAAGGAAAUAUUCUUCCCUUUGGACUCACUGGACAUCGUGGGCCUUUCCUCCUCUGGACCCCAGAGAGGGUAUUAUUUUGGGGAAAGGCCAAGGUGGCAUUUUUCUCAGUCUGACCUAGUUGUUGAUCAGCUCUGAGAAUGGCCAUCAUUUCUAGGAGAUUCCAAAUUAUCAGAAAAGUUAAUGUCAGAACACCAAGAGCCAGCAAGAACAGAAUCAACACUGUCUACCCACUUACGCCACUUCCUCCAGGCCUGAAUAUGCUUCUUUGAAGCCAUAUUCCCCACAGUCGGACUUUGUCAGACAGCGUGGCUGGAGCUGGAACUGGACGUGGCGGCCGGGCGUCCAGGCUCAGGUUGAAAGGACCAGAGUGCUGCGGUGGCUGCUGCGGGUGCUGGUCCAGCUGGGCCUGGGUUCAGAGUCCAGCACGGCCUCCCCCCACGUGUCCUGGCCCCCGGAGCCUCCCCUGUCUGUUCUUCGGCUGCCACACCCGGGUGGCAGGCCAGCCUCCCUCACCCCACCCAGGGCUCCCCAAACCCCCUCACCCAUCCAGUCUCCUCAGGUGUCUGCGCCCCACUCUAGCCCUCCAAGCCCGUCAUCACAGCCCCACCCUUCUGGGGACAGUUUCCAGCCCCUGGCCUCUGCCACCCCCACCCUCCAGGGUUUUGCUUUCCAAGGAACCGAGGGGUCUGCAGAAUGGCCUCCCCCUGGGCCGGCAAUGCGCAUGGCACUCAGAGGCUGUCGGUGCACCUGGUCCUGUCCUUGGCCAGGUUUGGGGAUCGGGAAAACGGGCCAGUUGGGCCUGGGACUCAUCUCCGGAGCCAAGCCCCCCACCGCCUCAGCGUCGUAAGACGGUGGAGGGGGUGCCCAGAUGCCCUUGGGGACCAGCACCAGAAAAGAGCCGUAGACUGAAAGGGCAGCUGCGGCCACCAUGCAGCCCCGCGCUCAGCAGGACUCGGUGGCCCCGCUGAGCUUAGAGGGGCAGCUGCUGUGCCAUCUGCACCCAGCAGUGGAGGGGCCCUCAGCCCCCAAAUGACCCACCCACCUCCCGUGGAUGCCCAGGGUCCCCCCUCACUGGCCCCUGGGGUGCCGCUCCUCCCUGGUCUGUGGCUGGGAUUGGGGCGCACGCACUCCCUCUCCCUCCCGCCCCGUGGGGCUCCUGGCACAGUGGAGGCGGCUGGGUUUUCACAGAGUCAGGCCCAGGACACCGAUUCGCACCGGCCACAGCCGCCCUGGGGGUGGUGAGCCUGGGGGUGGUGCGCUGCUGUGGGCUGCGCAGCCCCAACCCGUGGGGACAGCCAGAGGAAGUGUGGGUGGUCAGCUCAGAGUGAGGCCACUCCCGGGAAGUGGUGGCCACUGGUGAGCCUCAAAGCGCAGACGGAUCUAGGUGGUGGCCGGGCCCAAACGCAGGCUGGGGCGGACCCGGAGAACUUCCCGGAACCAACUGCAUCUGAUCAGCAGCUGGGCUUCAUGCAGAACCUCAGUGGCCAGAGAUUCUUACACAGAGACCAAGGUGCCCCUGGGCGGUGCCAUGUCCCUCUGUCCCCAGCAGUCUGUGCCAUCUGUGUGGCCGGUGCUCUAAGUCUUCCUUCCAGGGCAGUUCGCUUUAAGACGCCUCUUCCUGUCCGUGCUGGGGUUCAGCUGGCCACAGAUGGUCUGGGGACAAGGCGGCCCGUGGAGGGGGGGCCCAGCUGUCCUCCCUGGGGCUCUCAGCAGAGUCCCUCCUAAGCACAGAGUCCAGCCCCCCUCGGGAAGGCGUGUCGGUCAGAGGCAGUGCUGGGGGGCGAGCGGAGACGGCUUGAGGAGGCGCUGUGGGCCUCGGGUCAGCCUCCUACGGCCACGGUGGGGGAACCAGGAGCUGCGGGUGUUCACGGCGUAGUUAGACCUGGGUCCUUGAGCUUGGCUAGGAAGAAGCCCAGAGCCAAGAGCUCUAACUAUAAGGGGAGGAUUAUUUAGAAAGUCUCGGAAGUGGAGGAAGCGAGCCAGCUGGUGGCGUGGGCUCAGAGAAUGAGGUCCACAGGCAGCAGACAGCUGUUGGGGCUCAGGAAGGAGGACACAAAGGUGCGAGGUGUGUGCCCGGGGCAGGAGGUGGGGGAGAA